AUGUCCGAAUUCGGCUCCUUGCCGACGAACGGCGCCGGAACGAAAAAAGAUGCUUUUGCGGAUGCCAUGGAAAGAGCCAGACAGAUUGCGGCUAAAAUCAGUGGAGAGAGCAGUCAUUUGGCGAGCAACAAUGGAGGAGAUGAAGGUUAUCCGUUCGCCGCACAGAAACGAUCCCUCGAAGAAGGAGAUGAACCAGAUGCCAAGAAGGUAGCAUCACAGAUUGAAAGAGAUUCAUCAUUGUCCAUUGGAGCUCAACUGGCGGCCAUAGCUCAACAGAGCGUCAGGCCCGCCGCAAUGACUAUAACAGAGGAGUGCAGAGUGCCUGAUGGCAUGGUUGGUCUGAUAAUUGGCAGAGGAGGUGAACACAUAAACAAAAUACAACGGGACUCCGGCUGUAAGGUCCAGAUUGCACAUGACAGUGCCGGUCUUUCGGAAAGAAGUGUUUCUUUGACAGGUCCACCUGAUGCCAUAAAGAGAGCCAAAGCACUCAUAGAUGAAAUCAUAUCAAGAGGACAUGAUUCACCCAAUGGGCAGUCAGGCUCCAUGCAGGAGAUGGUCAUCCCUGCGGGCAAGGCUGGCCUUAUAAUAGGAAAAGGAGGGGAGACCAUUAAGCAGCUACAGGAACGCGCAGGAGUUAAAAUGAUCCUUAUUCAAGAUGCAUCUCAGCCUCCAAACGUAGAUAAACCACUGCGCAUCAUUGGAGACCCAUUCAAAGUGCAGCAAGCUAUGGAGAUGGUCAAUGAGCUUCUACGAGAUCGGGAUAAUACUGGUUUUGGUGAAAGGAAUGAAUAUGGCUCAAGAAUGGGGGGUAGUGGCGUUGAUGUAGCUGUUCCUCGACAUGCAGUGGGAGUCGUAAUUGGAAGAAGUGGGGAGAUGAUUAAGAAGAUCCAGAGUGAUGCUGGAGUAAAGAUACAGUUUAAACCAGAUGACGGCACGACUCCAGAAAAAAUCGCUCACAUUACGGGUCCUCCAGACCAGUGUCAACAUGCUGCCUCCAUCAUCACAGACCUGCUACAGAGUAUCCGUACCAGAGAUGACGGGGGUCAAGGGGGCCACCCUGGUUCAGGGAUGCCACCUGGAGGACGGGGGCGGGGUAGAGGUCAGGGGAACUGGGGUCCUCCUGGAGGAGAGAUGACUUUCUCUGUCCCAGCUCAUAAAUGUGGACUUGUGAUCGGCAGAGGAGGGGAAAACGUCAAAGCCAUUAAUCAACAGACUGGCGCAUUUGUAGAGAUGUCACGUCAGCCGCUACCAGAUGGGGACCCAAAUUUCAAAAUGUUCAUAAUCAGAGGUUCUCCGCAACAGAUAGACUAUGCAAAGCAACUUAUAGAAGAAAAGAUUGAGGCCCCGUUAUGUCCAGUGGGUGGUGGUCCAGGCCCGGGUGGUCCCAUGAACCCCUAUAAUCCCAACCCUUACAAUUCUGGACCUCCUGGUGGUGCACCACAUGGUGGUGCGCCAGGUGGCCCCCAAUACUGUGCUCAAGGUUGGGGAAACAACUACCAGCAAUGGCAGAACCCAGGGCAACAAGACCCCAAUAAGGCAGGAGCAGACCCUAAUGCUGCAUGGGCAGCCUACUAUGCACAGUACUACAGUCAGCAGCCAGGGGGCAGUGCGCCAGCACAGACCCCAGCAGAUCCUGGAGCAGUGGGGGACCAGAACCAGGGAGCACAGACUCCUGGAGGUCAGCCAGACUACACAAAAGCAUGGGAGGAGUAUUACAAGAAGAUGGGGAUGGUCCAGCCCGGAGGAGGACCAGCAGCUACUCCGGGAGCUACGGCAGCACCAGCUGGAGGAGCAGCAGCUCCUGGAGGCCAGCCGGAUUACAGUGCAGCCUGGGCAGAGUAUUAUAGACAGCAAGCUGCCUACUAUGGACAGGGAGGCGCGGCCCCUGGGCAGGCAGCUCCACCACAGCAAGGACAGCAGGUUUGCUGUAAAAUGGCUUUUUGCUUUGUUGGCUGGUUCUGUGUGGAUGUCUUCCCUCUGGUUAUGUCUCCAACUUAA